AUGGCUUGCUGUUUUACAGAUAUUCAUUUGACUUUCCUAUUCCAACCAGUACCUUUAUAUCCUUUAGUUUCUGGUUAUGUUAUGGGAUUAGGUGCGGUUUUUGGUGCUACCACUCAUGUUUGUAUGUGCGGCAUAAUAUUCCUCCUUAUCUAUCAAAUCGGCAGUAUGAUCGCCUGUUUUGUCAAGAAGCAUCAAGCUAUAGCAGGAAUUUCAAGGAAAUCUGUGAUUCCUAAUAUUUUGCUUCUUUUUAUGUUUAUCUAUUUUGUCAUUUAUACAAUAAGUGUCACAGGAAUUUAUGCGACGUUGAAUGUUCCAGAAGAUGAAAAAUUUGAACUUAAAUACCCAACAUAUCUCGAAGGCUUCCGCUCUCUUCCCAACUUCUCUAUUUACGAUCCAUCCGGAUAUUUCGUCAAAUUUGUGAUCUACUCAUUGGUUGGAGGAAUCGCGGCGUUUUUUACACUAGUAUUGGUGCUUCUGAACAUUUCCAGAAUGUUAAGGAUUCUGAAGACAAAAAUGUCGGCGUCAACCUAUCAGAAGCACAAAUCCGCGAUUUUUUGUCUUUUGGCACAGUUUUCCACGUCGUCAGUUAUAUUUUUGCCGCCGAUAUUUUUUGUUUUUGUGAUUCUGAUGGGGGCAAAUGGAGCACAGUUAAUCGUCGAAUACCUGCUUGUCAUUGCUUGCUCCCACUCGACACUGAACGUAGUAGUGCUGAUAAUCACCUUUCCACCGUAUCGAAAAUUUGUAGGAACCAAAUUCUUUGGGAUCAAAAAAACUGGAAGUCGCUUCAGUCUGUUCACCAACAAGCAGAGUGUUUGUGGAGUGGUCAGUAUGGGAUAA